AUGGCGGAAGAGGAUGACCAUCUUCCGCCGGGCCUUGCACCCGAGGGCGAGAAUGACGACGAUGUCCGCGAGGACGCCACUGCGCUAUUUGGUAUCGAUCUCGGAGACGGCCCUGCUGCUCCAAUCGAUCUAGAUGGUGACGGUGGUGGAGGGGAUACUGGGAACACCAACUCGAAUGCCUUUGUUCCGUCUGUUGCUGGGAAAGUGAUUGCUCUUAGGUUGAUUGAGGUAAAACAUACUGGUGAUAAUAUUGCUGAAAAAAUUGUUGGUGUAAUUCAGGAGUUUGGCAUGCUUGAUAAGAUUUUUUCUGUAACUUUAGACAAUGCAUCUUCUAAUGCUAAGGCUAUGGAAACUUUGACACCUAUGCUUGCUGGUUAUUUGGGUUCUGAUCCUACACCAACCAAAGAGGAUCCUCAUAAGCGUAAGUAUAAUCUAGUGCAUCAACGUUGUGCUUGCCAUAUCAUUAAUCUGAUUGUCAAAUCUGGUUUAAAGAGGUUCAAAGUUUACCUUGAGGAUUUUAGAACUGCUAUUAACUUCUUGAAUUCUUCCAAUCAAAGAAUUGCUAUGUUUAAAAAAUACUGCAGUGCUCAAGAACUUAGACCUAGAAAGUUUGGCUUGGAUAUGGAUGUUAGAUGGAAUGCUACAUACCUUAUGCUUAAACACUUGCUUCCAUAUAAGGAUGUUUUUUCUGUGUUCAUUAAUAGUAAUUAUGGAUCAACAUUGUUAACUUCAAAGCACUGGCAUAUUGCUCAAAAGAUACUUGACUUCCUGGAAAUAUUUUAUGAUGCCACAGUUACUCUAUCUGGUGUUUACUAUCCCACUAGUCCACUUAUUCUGCAUAGCAUGCUUGACAUAAUUACUCAUUUGCAUGAAUGUGAAAAGGAUCAUAAUCUAUUUGUUGUUCUGUAUCCUAUGAAGCUGAAAUUUCUUAAAUACUGGAAGCAAAUACCAUUGAUAUAUUCAUUUGCAUUCAUACUUGAUCCUAGAGGGAAGAUUAGAGGAUUAUUUAAUGUUCUUCAAAUAUUUCAAGAAAAAUUUGGACAUGACUACAAUUCUUAUUAUGCUGAUGUGAAACUGAACUGUUCAAGUUGUUUAACAAAUAUGAGGCUAAGUACGGUGCAGCUAGAGAUCAAAGAAGGAAUGCACAGCCGGCCGGCAGGCCAAACAGGUAAGAGAAAGCAUGCAUGGGGAAGAAUAUUUGGAGGCCCUGGAGGAACUGGUGUUGUUGGACCUUCCCCUGCCACCACUCCAUCUUUGUCUGCUUCUGCUGCUGGUUGUGAGCUAUCAACUUAUCUGGACAGUGACAAUGUCACUGCAUAUGAGGAAGACUUUGACUUACUUCUCUGGUGGCGUGACGACAAGCUAACCUUCCCAGUAUUUUCUAUCAUGGCUAAAGAUAUCCUGACUGGGAGCUGGGAGAAAGAAGGUUGCAGCAUUCUGUUAUCAAUGACAACCAAGAGCUACCUUGAUGAGGAUGCAACUGGGCCUCCUUCUGCCAGCACAUCCGCAUCUGCAUCUGUGGCUUCUGCUUCUUGCACUUAG